AUGGAGCGUGUUGCCUGCCGCCCUCCCGGCAGGCUCCGAGACUGGAAGCGGCGGUAUGCCUGCUCCACGGUCCGGUGUAAGCUCGGUCGGGUAUGUCCCCACCCGGAGCUCAUCAAGGAGAUCCAGAUUUGCGCUCGACUCUUACGGAAGUCCACCACCGAAGCUUGGGCCCUCGCGAACUUCCACAUGAAGGAGUGGCUGGGAUCCGAAGCGUGGGGUGUGGACGGUGAGCUGGAGCAGGUUGUCCCCUUGAAACCCGUCAUCAAGAAGCAUGUUGGCUAUUUCGUGCGGAAGCUGUACGAGAUCAUGGUCUUUGUCGAGCAAAAGCAGAUCGAGCAGCGGCGACAGCGUGCGCAAAGUGGAGAUACAGCGACGGCUCAGAAGAAACGAUUCAGGAAAUGGAAGAGGAAAGAGAGGACGAAGAAGGACAAGGGCGCUAAGAAACCCAAGCAGAAGCGCUCUAAGACAAUCAAGAUGUUCAGCCUUCUACCGCUGUCGCAAUCGUUCGCGCUCUACAACAUCAAGAUCGAUCCGUCUACUUUGGCGCACCUCUGCUCGCGCAUCUACGGGCGAGAAUAUCCUUGGCGCGCAUUCAACAUCACACAGUUCAAGACGCGGCGCACCAAGAUCGGCAAGGCCCGCUUCAAUGGUCUUUCAGUGGACGAGAGAAGUGAGGAAAACGUGGACGAUGAAGAACUUGAGGACACUGACGAGUUUGAUGACGACCCGGAUUCGGAAUAA